CUCUCCUUCACCCAACCCUUCGACUUGCUCUCCAGCCGCUGCCACACGCCUUGCCCAACCUCACCCUGGCCUGCCGACCAGAGCGACGGUCUGCGCAAAUAUCGACUUCCGUCGGGCAUUCGGCGAGGGCGCGAGACGAGGUCACCGAUGGGACUACGAACUUGAGCCUCAAUUUCCCCCGCAGUCGCAACCAUGGACGCCUUCCUACUCGACGCGCCCGAGCCCGACCACGCCUGCGCCUCGGCUGAAGACCUCGCCCUGGAGCUUGCACAGCUCCGCAACGCAAAGGUCACAGACACAAAGGCCGAGCACAUCACAGCAACGUUCGAAUUCAACUCCACUGUUGUCUUCAAUGUACAAGAAUACGACAACGAAGUCGCCGAGUCUCAGUCUGCUGGAGGCACCCCAGGCGCCGCACCACCCGCGCCUAUGCAAGAUGGCGCUCCUUCCCCAGCAACACGCGAGAUCCGAGCUAUGGAUACGUUACUGAACCAACCAACCGAUGACCCAGCCUUGCAGAAGCUCGUCGCUAAGCACAUCAUCGCGUCCUUGGGCAGUGUGGACGGUAGCUCAUGGACUGUUCGCUCCGUCUCCCGGAACUCGUCAGGGUGGACAUUCACAUAUCUGUGCAAGCACUCGAUGCAGGCAUGGGUGCGCCAAAACUCAAAACACUCUGCCAAACUACGCUUGGCCGAGUCUAGUGGGAAGGACGGCCAGGAUCCCACCAGCAUGUCACGGCCUGCGUUUGACUGUCGUGGCUCGGUCACAAUAGCCUUUGUGAAGAGUCGUCGCGCGAUCACUGUCAAGCUCGAGCAUACGCCGCUGCACAAAACCGUGGCAGAGCUUGCGGAGCUCUUCAAGCCCCCGCCGCUCCUUCCUAGGACAGAGGCUGCCAAGCGGAAGAGUGGGGAUCGCAAGAGGAAGACACAAGCCGACGGUGUCGAGGCCCCAGGUGGUGGGCCAAAGAAGAAGAGCAAGAAGACCGCAAACACUUCCGAGCAGGACGGCGGACACGCGCCCAAACCCAAGAAACCGCGGGCUUCAAAAUCGAAGAAGGCUCAAAAUGUUGCUGCACAGCCCCAAGCCGACAGCGCUCAGAAUGGCGCGUUGCUCAAUCUGUCACCGCUUGAGACAGCUCGUCGACAGGAAGAGGCGAGCAAAAAGCUCCGGGACAACGGCAUAGACCCAGACACGCUCUCCGCAGAGCAAUUCAAUAUCUUCGCCAACCAGUCUCCGGACCUUCAGUUGGAGUCUCUCGCCAUGCUCGUCAAGUAUGGCGCAGAACGGCUGAGGAUCGUGCAUCCCAGCAAAGACAACACACCCCAACCUUCAGGCCCCUCGAGUGGCGAUAGUCCAAAUGCCUCGAAGAAGAGGAGGAGAACGUUGCCGCGCGAGGGACCUUCUGAGGACCGGGCUACAAAGGUGAAGAAAACCAGGGGCAGUUGUCAAGCGUGCCGAGCAAAGAAGAUCAAGUGCACAAAAGACAAGCCAGAGUGCCAGGAGUGCGUUGGGGCAGGCAUUGCCUGUUACUACCCACCCCCCCAGACCCGCAAGUCAGCUGGUGCCAAGUCUGCGGAAGUGGCUGUAGACGAUCCUGGAUCACCUGAAGCCGCUCAUAUUCCGAAUAACAUACCAGACUCGAUGCCAGGUUCGGAAGUAUUGCCGGACACGGCACCUGAUGAAGAAGCGUCUGAUUUGGGCUCUCCAGGCUUUAAUACUUCCCAGCCUCAUGAAGUCAUGCCGCACCAAACCGACACAACAACCUUCGCCGAGGCAGCUCACGACGUGGCGCAGGAUUUAUACCAGCCAGCCCCAGGCGGUCUCUCCUAUCCUCAAGGCAUGGGGAUACCCGAGGACAUGCCCAAUACUGAUUACUUCCAGUCAAGGGCCGCCACGAAUGGGAUUACUUAUCCCCAGCCACCACAUCAAGCAUCUGAUGUGGCAUACGCUGAUAGUGGUGCAUCAGCACCACAACACCAGCCUCAAGACCCAGACCCAGUGCCUUUGCAGUCCGAUCAAAUCCCGUCGCAGCCUGACCGCCAAACGUUGUCACGCAAUGGCACACGACGCAGCUUGCCAUCCGGCUCUGGUCAACACCUUGCCGUCUACCCCAACCCUACAGAUCCGGCCCCAGCCGCUUCAUGGCAGUCGACCAACACACCGUCAAAUACCGUUCAGGCGUAUUCAGAAUCUCCGGCGACCAGCCAAAGUGCUCCGACCAGCCAAUAUAGAAACAAACAAUCUGUGGCACAAACUACCUACGACACUAUCGCGCAGGAUACGCUCCAGGCAGCGACGACACUGACUCAGGCCGCUCUCCAAAAGCGACCCCAUGCAUCGCCAACUGCAAGAACAACAUCGCCGUUUGCGAACCCAACACAAGUGGCACAGGUUGCAAGGACAAAAUCGAGACAGAGCCAGAGGGCCCAAAGCCGCCAAACCGCAUCAUCGUUCCAGCAGUCUGCCGCACCACAGCCUUCUCCGGUAGCUGCUGCGUCCUCUCUUUACAACCCACCUCCUACCACAACAUCGGAAAGCGUGCCAGGUUAUGAUCAGUAUUCUCGUUAUGGUAAUACGCCAACACAGGCAAACACGACAAGCUCGAGAAUAGCGUACGAACCCUAUUCGCAACAGGCUGGAUCUAGUAGCUCCGCCACGUCGUACUCAGGUUACGGCACCUAUGACUCUCGAUCGAAGGCUCCGAGCACGACCCCUCUCUCAAACCCCGUGUCACAGAGCGCAACGCUAUCGCACGGGAAGGCUGCUGCUCCCAGCUCGAAGAAUUGGGCUGGCGGUAAUGGAAGGCAAAGCAAUUCUUACAGCUCAAACAGAUCUCCAGUCUCGGCUCCAGCCUACAAUGUACCGGUGUCUCCGAACCAGCAACAGUCCACGACCAUGCAGUCGUUCAAUGCACGCCCCCAGUCAACGGCUUCGGCGCAAUCGAGGGCGAGCGGAAACACACCUGCCUCCUAUCCUCAACAGUCUCGACAACAACGGCCACAACAAUCACAGCAUGCCUACAAUUCUUAUUCUUCUCAGCCUCAUCCAGCUACCAACCAGCAGCAGCAGCAGGAUUGGUACGGUUUCGGAUCUACAGACAAUGCGACGUCCAAUUACGGGUCCGGGUAUGGUCAGCACAGAUCUAUGAACCUCACUGGUAACACCUACUCGAGCAUGAACGAGCAGGAGGCACUGUAUGAAAUGUUGCGGAAUAAUUCACGUCACUAAACACCUUUUUGGGCCCCUCUGCCCACACAUUUUUCUGGUGGCUCUUGAGCUCAUGCCUGAGUACAUUGAGGCUCAGGGCAAACUUGUAGGUUAGAGGCAGGUCAUGUUGGUUUUGCGAGACAAUGAGGAAGCUUGAACAGAUCAAGCAUGUGUACAUCGUGACAGGCCAACCUGUCAGUUCAUGGUAAUCAACUUUUUGAUGGAGCCUCUCAAACUGAGGUCAAGUUCUACUAUUAAUACCCAAAUAUCAUGUUGUCAGGGUGACCCAUGUGGCUGGCCUAGGUUCCAGUGAUCUUGCAGUGUUAUAGCUGAUCCAGUGGUUUGUAAGACCACCAAUUUUGGUCCUCGUUGAGCAGUCUCUCGAGUCCCCUGGUAUGACCGGCAGUGGUAUGUGCCGUGCAAGUCCCUUCAGGUCAGCUCCGCAAGUCAGGCAGGCGCCCAGCCCCUUCGCCAAAGACCCAAAGAGCCAGAUGCCGGUAUUAACAUGAUCAUCAAGGCGAGCCCAUUGUUGUUCAAAAGAUAGUAACACUGCGGCGGAGAGGCGGCGCUCAAGCCGAGUGAGCAGGCGAUAGCCCAGCAAAAAAAGCACGCUCCACAUUGUGCUCGCCUGAAUGAGAUGUCUUCGUCCGUCUACCUUGUCCCGGGAUUCCUCCCUGUCCUACGUACUGCCUCAGGUUGACGCGCACGAUGGCAACAGGGCGGUUCAUCCCGAUAGUUCCAAACCCUGGAUUCAGUCUGCUCGAAACCCAAGGCCCUGCCGGCCUCCGCCCGGCCUCCGCGGCUCCUUCGUGUUGG